UGCGGCGCCCUCUGCCUUUAAUUAGGGCUCCGGCGCGCGGCGCGGGGGGACAGCGCGCGCAGAGUCGGCGGCGCCCCGGCAGCAGUUGGGAAGGCGGCGGUGCAGGGGCCGGGGGUCGGCCAGUGCUUCCCGCGGCGCUCGGUGCGCGGAGCUCGCUCGGUGCGCGGCGGCGAUGUCGGCCAGGACCCUCUCGGCAGGCAGCCCGCCCCCAGGCCCGGUUCCGCAGGGCGCGGUGCGCGUCUACAGCAUGCGCUUCUGCCCGUACGCCCAGAGGGUGCUGCUGGUGCUGAUGACCAAGGGGAUCCGUCAUGAAGUCGUCAAUAUCAACCUGAAAAAUAAACCCGAGUGGUUCUUGGAGAAGAAUCCCCUUGGCUUGGUGCCCGUGCUGGAGAACAGCCAGGGCCAGUUGAUCAGCGACUCUGUCAUCAUAUGUGAUUACUUGGACGAAGCAUUUCCUGGGAAGAAGCUGGUUCCAGAUGACCCCUAUGAGAAAGCUUGCCAAAGGAUGAUCCUGGAGUUAUUUUCUAAGGUGCCAUCGCUGAGAGUCAGCAUCAUAAGACUGCUGCACAAGAAAGAAGACUGCUCUGACGUGCAAGAGGAGCUGAAGAAGGAGUUGAACAAGCUGGACGAGGUCCUGGUGAAGAAGAGGACGACUUUCUUUGGUGGCGACUCUGCCACUAUGGUUGAUUACCUCCUCUGGCCCUGGUUUCAGCACCUGGAAUUACUGGAGAUGCACAAGUGGGCAGCCCAGACUCUGAAGUUUCAGUCCUGGAUGGCAGCCAUGAAGCAAGAUCCCGCAGCAAAAGCCCUGUUCAUGGAUUUGGAGUCCUACCAGAAUUUCCUAAGACUUUACAUCCAGGGCAGCCUUGAGGCCUGUGACUACGGCCUCUGAGGGGCCCGGCUCCACAGCAAGCUCCCUCUGCUGUUUGGCUGAUGUGAGAAGGGGCAGGCUGCCAUUUCCCCACGUGCCCUUGCGUCCCCUUUGCUUGAAUCUGGCUGACUGGGCAUCAUGCUGGCUUAACCUGGAGGGCUGUUAGGCUCCUCUUGCCGAAGUGGGAGCCCGAUUACUAUCCCAGGGCACUCAGAGGGCUCUGGGCUCCAUCCUAGCCCGUCCUGAAGACGCCCCGCACCAUCUCUAGUGAGAUCAGGACUUUAAGCCAGAUGUCCAGUUACUCACAGAUUUGUACCCAGAUAUCCUGCUGUCAUUUCAGGAAACGGCUGCUCAGUUUCUUGUCUGGGUUUGAGUUGAGAAAGCUUCAGUUCCUUAAUCUUUCCUUCCUGGCAUCAUCUCCUCUCCCUCUGUUAUCCUGCUAUUACAAAUAAAGAAUUCCACCUCACCUCAAAGCUAGCUGCCUGCUG